AUCCGUGCUGCCUGUCUGAGGGUUCCUAUUGUGCUAAAGCCCGUGAUGAGAGACAGCUUGGAGAAGAAAGGGUUAUUUAGACUCCAAUUCCAGGUGACAGUCCAUCACUGGGAGAAUUCAAGGCAGGAACCUGAGGCGUGAGGUGGAGAACAGGCCACAGAAGAACACCGCUGACUGACUCCCCGAGACGGCUUUCCUGUGCCGUGUAGAACUGCGUGCCCAGUGCAGGCACCACCACAGUCUGCAGGGCUGUCUCAGGAAUCCCUAGUUCAGAAAAUGCCCCUAGACUUGGCUACAGGGCAGUCUUGGUAGGAAUUUUUUCAAUUAUUUCUCUCUUUGCAAAUUGGUCCUAGCUAGUUUCAAGUUCUAUUCAGCCCAAUGCCUCUUGUCAUUUAAAUUAUUUAUGGUUUUAAUUAAAUUAAUGUGUGGUAUCAUUUGCUGAUCUUUAUUUCAGGAAAUGCUGUCCUUCUCAGAUGUGGCCAUCGAGUUCUCUCCAGAAGAGAGGGAGUGUCUGGACCCUGCUCAGUGGAAUCUGUACAGGGAUGUGAUGCUGGAGAAUUACAGCCACCUUGAAUUCCUGGGUCUUGCUGUCCCUAAGCCACACCUGGUGACAUUUCUGGAGCAAAGACCAGAGCCUUCAGAUGGGGAGAGACAAGCAGCAGCCACCGUGCACCCAGGUGUGUAG